AUGUUUGGUCGAACGUUUGGUUUUGAGAACUCUACUUUACAGUACUUGGACGGCGCCAAAAUCGCCCAACUCUGCGUUUACCUGGAAUGUCUGCACGACGCAGGACGUGAGAACAGCCACCACACGAGUAUUUUGCUCAACGCAUACGCGCGCCAAGGCCAAAAGAAGAAAAUGAUUGAGUUUAUCGAAAGGCUGACCGCGUCGCGAAAGCAGUUCGACAUGCGGCCCAUCUUCAAUGUAUAUUAACCGGAAAAUUUCCGACUUUUGCUCACUUUUGCCGAUGAGCAGAUUUUGUGCGAAUGCAAGUUCUUGCCGGAGGCGAGUCUUUUGGCGACGAAACUCGGAAUGCACGACGAGGCGCUCGCCACGAUCAUCGACCACAUGCAUCGCUACUCGAUGGCCGUCAAGCUCAUUGCCAAAAGACCUACGGAAGAGGUGUGAAGCUGAAGAGUUUCCAUUUGUUCCCUUUCUCCAGGCUAUCCGACAUCUGGAAAAGUAUGGCCGGAUUCUUCUCGAAAAAUGUCGAGACGAGACGAUGAGUCUUUUGUUGGACUGCAUCGCUCGCUCUUCGGAAGGUGAAAUUUUUGCGUUGGACUUUUUUUUUUCAACAUUUUGUACGUUUUCAGUUUGAAAAGAAAUUCUCAAAUUUACAGACAAGCUGGAUAUCAAACGACUUGUUGACAUUUUCAUCGGCGACUCGGAUAGCGGAGAAGCUUUCAUCGAAUACGCAGUUCAAAAAGUUUCCCCUUCUCAAAUGAGCCCAUUUGAUGAAAGAUUUCAGUCGACCGGACAAGUCAAGGAAGAACUCGUGAAUAUGCUGCUAGAGAUUCGUCUGCGCGCCUGUUCCAACGAUAAACAAGUGAGUCCGACUUAUCAGCGAAAAUCGUUGGGUGCAGCUGGCGAAACGAGCCGAUGAACUGAUAAUGCCGCUGAUCUCGAAAAGCAACGAACAACACGCCUUGAACCUCGCCCAGACCUUUGACUGCCAGCCCGUCAUCGAGUUUGUCCUCAAAUCUUCCCACAGGUCUCUUCCAGGCUUGUUUAUCCAUGUCAACAGACAUUCAGAAACAAAGAACUUUUGACCUACUACAUGAAAAACAACAAUCUCAAGGCAAUCACCGCCCUUUGCCAAGAAAUCAAGUGAGCCCGCUAGCCGACUUUUUCGAAUCCUUGAGGUUUCAGCAAGCCUCAAACUUGGAUCGACGCACUUUCCUUUGUCGCGAAAUCGGAGCAAGUGGAAGACGAAGCCCUCGUUUUGAUUCUUCUGGAUGCGUCAGUUGCCAAGUUAUUGUUCAUUCAAAGUUUAGUCUUUCAGCCUGGAAAAGUGUCAAGCGGUCCAUCCUUUGGUCGUUCUCGACGUUCUGUCCAAAAGCAACACUCUCACAAUCUCCGCGGUCAAAAGCUAUGUAAUCAAUUGGCUCACGAAACAGGAGAAUAAGGCGCGAACUGAGCUUCUCGUUUUCUAUUUGAGGAAAAGUGUUUCAGAUGGAUGAAGAUAGGAAAAGGGUGCAAGAGAACGAAAAGCGGAUGAAGGAACUCGACUCGCAGAUCGAGUCGUUAAAGUUCAAGUGA